AUGGGACUUUGGGGGCUAACGGCAAUAUGUUUGUUUUUUGGCUAUAAGCCUCCCAAACGCCACACGGACUUCGAUCAUUUAUCAUUGACACAGAAGAUCGCACGUCUUGACUUGCCGGGAUUUAUGCUUCUUACUGCUGGUAUAACCCUGCUUUUGACUGGUUUGAAUCUGGGAGGUGGGUUAUAUGCGUGGGCUUCAGCUCCCGUGCUAUCCACUAUUAUUAUCGGUAUCUUAUGCCUCUUCUCAUUUGGAUUUUACGAAUGGAAGGCCACGACGACUGGAAUCCUCCAUCAUGAAUUGUUCCGUGGAGGUAAAACUGGAGGACGCACAUUUGCUCUGUGCGUUGGACUCAUUUUUAUUGAAGGAAUCUUGCUUUUCUCAUACACAAUCUUCUAUCCCGUCCUGACUACUGAGCUAUUCACCAAAGAUGCAUUCUUACUAGCUGCUCGUGAACAGCCUUACUGGAUCGCAGGCGGAAUUGGCACAGUGAUAUAUGGAUAUCUGAGCACGAGAUUCCGGUCGAUUCGAGCUCCACUAUUCGUUGGGUUUCUACUCCUCACGGCGGGCAUUGUCGGGCUUGCUACAGUUCAGCCAAAAGACGAAAUAAGUGCAUUGGCUUUCACAGGUCUCGCGGGUCUUGGAUUUGGUGCUCCUCUUAUACUUCUCAUUGCCGCCGUGCAGCUAUCAACGCCUCAUCAUCUGAUUGCUACCGCAACUGCCGCCACGACUUGCUCUCGAGCAAUCGCCUCCACCGUUUUCACUGCCAUUUUCGCCGCUGCAUUCAAUGCUCGGGUUCAAAAGUUUAUUCCUGAAUAUGUUUCUCGGGCUGUCCUUGACGCCGGACUCCCACCCAGUUCUGUUGAGAAUUUUAUCAAGGCCAUCGCGGCUGGAGAUGAAUCCGCACUUAGCAGUGUCUCGGGUGUUGAUAGUGGAAUUCUCUCGGCGGGAACCAGCGCUGCUAAGCAGGCAUAUGCAGACAGCGUAAGAGUGGUAUACAUCAUUGCAGCUCCGUUUGGUCUGCUGGCCUGCAUCUGCUGCUUCUUCCUGGGUGAUCUACGCUUGGCUAUGAACUACGCUGUGGAUGCUCCAUUGGAGCCUUUACAUCCCAGACAUCAUGACGAACAGACAGACAGUCCCUGA